UCCCGUCACACUAUGAACUAACCAAUUGAAAUAUUUAAAGGGUUUGGCUAUCGAAGACACAUAAUCAGAGCCCAUGCCCGGUUUUGCUAAAAAUUUGCAUAGACUCGUCAAUAAAAACCCCUGCAGUGUGUGCGAUGUCGUUUCAGAUUGUCGAUUUAUUACGUCAUGCCUGAACCAGCGAAGUCCGCGCCCAAGAAGGGUUCUAAAAAGGCCGUCAUCAAGACCGCCGGAAAGGCAGGAAAGAAGCGCAAGAGAUCCAGGAAGGAGAGUUACGCUAUCUAUGUGUAUAAAGUCUUAAAGCAGGUUCAUCCUGAUACCGGUAUUUCAUCGAAGGCCAUGGGCAUCAUGAAUUCUUUCGUCAAUGACAUCUUUGAGCGAAUCGGGGGUGAGGCAUCUCGUCUCGCUCACUACAACAAACGCUCCACCAUCACUUCCAGAGAGAUCCAGACCGCCGUUCGUCUGCUGUUGCCCGGUGAGCUUGCCAAACACGCCGUGUCUGAGGGAACAAAGGCCGUGACUAAGUACACCAGCUCCAAAUAAACUCGCUUGAAGUUUAACACCACAAAGGCUCUUUUAAGAGCCACCCACUCUUUCAGAUAAAGAG